AUGUCAGAGGAACUUGAUGCUCUACAACACAUAAAUACAUGGGAUCUUGUUCCUCUUCCAUCUGGUGUUACUCCUAUCAGUUGUCGGUGGGAUUAUCGAUUAGAUGUGACCAAUACCUUCUUACAUGGCGAUCUCUCUGAGGAUGUUUACAUGACUCCUCCUCUUGGUUUCUCUCAUCCUUCUCAGCAUUUUCGCAAUGUGGUUCUUACUCUUGGUUUCAUUGAGGGCUCUCAUGAUUAUGCCCUCUUCACUGGGCAGACUCCUCGAGCUGAUAUCACCGAUCUUCACACUGCCUCUACUCCUAUUGAGCUACAUCACCGACUCUCCUCUUCUGAUGGUAAGCCUUUGCCUGAUCCUACUCGCUAUCAUGCACUUUUUGGUGUUCUUGUCUAUCUGACUAAUACUCGGCCUGAUAUUGCAUAUGUUGUUCGUGUUCUUAUUCAAUUUGUGAGUGCUCCUCACUCUACUCAUUACGCUGCCCUCUUACGAGUUCUUCGUUAUCUUCAUGGCACUAUAUUUCACUCUUUACUUUUCUCUGCCACGUCUUCGCUUGAGUUGCAUGCCUAUUGUAAUGCUGAUUGGCAUCCUGAUCUUUUCAGUAAGGCACAUACUGUCUCUCAGUUUCAGUUUCUGGUUGACAAACUCUCAGUUUAUGACCCACCAUGA